CUGAGAUCGGGACGCGUACACAUAGUUGUCAUGAAAUUUAAGCGUCCACAUGACAUAAGAUCACUGUCACCUAAGAGCAUUUUCCCACGUUUUUGAACGAAAGAAGUUUACUUCUGCUGUCACAGUGACUUUCUUAAAACAUGGCAACUUAUCGAGCAGCAAAGUCAGGAUUGGCUAGAGAAUCUCAAGAAAAGAUAAACAGAUCUUUUGAUAUUGAUGAGGCCAAAAAAUGUUUGAAAUGGAUUUGUUCUACAUCAGGGGAGACAAUUGAAAUAAAUGGAAUUGAAGAAAGAGACAAGAUGAUGACGUUCUUCCAUACUACACUUAAAGAUGGAAUGGUUUUAUGCAGAUUGAUAGAUGCCUUGUUGUUACCACAAGAUAAAAUAGACUUCAAUUCAAAGAGUUUUCAAGAAACUAAACUGCCAGCAUUUCAAUCAGCCAGAGAAAGAGAGAGAAUAGGAAUUUUCCUGAACAAAGCCAAAGCUUAUGGUGUGUCAGAAGCAAAUAUCUUCCAGACAGAUAAUUUGUAUGAGAGAACAAAUUUAGUACAAGUUUGUAAUACAAUCAGAGCAUUAGGAAUAGAGGCUCAGACUAAGCCAGGAUAUAGUGGUGAAAUGAUUUGGCCGAAGAAAUCAGAAGAAAACAGACGUACAUUUACAGAGGAUCAGCUGAAAGCUGGACAACAGAUAAUCAGCCUGCAGUAUGGAACUAACAAAGGAGCAAGUCAGGCAGGCAUGAACUUUGGUAAACAACGAAAGAUUCUCGACUAAGGUCAUUUUAAGGUUAAAAAACAUUUACUAGUCAAUCUAAAUUAUGGAGGGCGAUAUUGAAGAAUAUUGCAUGAUCCUUAUGUAAGAAAUUAUUGAUGCAGUAUACAAAAGCCAUAGGAUGAUUAGAAAUUAGAAAAUGAGAAGUAUUUUUCUGUUUUUAACAAUUUCAUUUAAUACGUCAGUUUUCAUUAAGCUUUUAUCAUUAGAAAUAGUCCCAAAACAUCCAUAAUUUCUGCCUUAAACAUAGAUCUGCUGGUGAAAAUAUUCUAAAAAGUUUGUUAUUUCAUUGAUAUUAUUUUUGUACAUGAUAUUAUUAAGCUUUAGUUAUACAUCUGUGAUAAUAUUAAGUUCUAUGCAAUUUUGUGCCAACUUACGAGUUUAUACUGUAGUAGUUUACCCUAUUACAAAUAUUCAAUAGGAAACAAUGUUUUUAAAAAAUAUGAAAAACUAGUUUCAAUCUUAUAGA